AUGGGGGACCAGAGCUUGCGUAAACGAUUUCAGUGUGAAUUUCACUUCCUGCAACUGCUGAGGCCAGACUGGGACUUGAGUUGGCGAGCCGCCGGCCACACAGGUGUCGGCGGGCGAGGCCACUCGCGCGUCGCCGGACUGAUGACGGCAAUAUCGACGGCGCCGGAGGGGGCGCAGGCGCGCGCCAGUGGCGGGUAUGCGCGCUGCCACCGCGGACGCAGCGGGCCGCUGACGCCUGCCUCCACGGCCAGCAGCAUGGUGCUCGAGGUGCUCGCGUCCGUGUCGCACUUUGCAGUGACGACGCCGGCGCUGGUGGGCAUAUGCCUGGGCGGCGCGCUCUUCCUGGUGGCGGUGGCGGCGGUGGCCUGCCUCUGCUACCGGCGGCACGGCGGCGGCUCCGCGGCGGCCAAGAAGGCGCUGCGCGGGGGUGGCGGGGGCGGCGGCGGCCUGGGCGCGCUGUCGCUGCACCAGCCGCCGCGCAAGCCCACCGCCGUCCGCUCGCCGGCAGGCGGCGCUCCAGCCCCGCACUACCUGCGCAAGAGCCCCUCGCCCACCGGCAACCCGGCCAAGACUCCGCCAGGGUCUGGCCAGAGCGCUGCCUCAUCCCCGACGUCUGGCCUGCAGACUCCGCAGCAGCAGCCGGGCAAGACGCUCUCCCCUGACCAGCCGCAGCCCCCUCAACAGCCACAACAGCAGCAGCAGCAACAGCAGCAGCAGCAGCCACUGACGCCGGCGACUCUACCGCUAACUGAGUACCACACUGAGGAUGAGACGCUCAGAGACAAGCCCAGCACGCCCAGUAAGGAGGAGCUCGAGACCAACGAGAAGAACCUCACCGCCGGACGCCUCGGGCAACUCGUCUUCAAGAUCAGGUACAAGCGUGACAAGAGUGCGCUCAUCGUGACGGUGGUGCGCUGCCGCAACCUGCCAGCCAAGGACACCAGUGUGGGCAGCAGUGACCCCUAUGUCAAACUGCAGCUGCUGCCAGACAAGCUGCACAAGGUCAAAACGCGUGUGCUGCGCAAGACACGUGACCCUGUCUAUGACGAGGACUUCACCUUCUACCGUGUCACCUACAAUGAACUCCAGAGCAUAACACUACAUUUUGUGGUACUGAGUUUUGAUCGCUACUCACGAGAUGACAUUAUUGGAGAAGUGUUCUGUCCUCUGGAUUCUGUGGACUUGGUACAAGCAGAGACUCAACAACUGACACUUUGCCGAGAUAUUCAUCCAAGGAGUCUGAAGAUACGUGCUCAAGGUCGAGGUGAAAUACUUGUCUCCCUGUGCUGGCAGCCAGCAGCUAACAGGCUAACUGUUGUAGUACUCAAGGCACGAAACUUACCAAAGAUGGAUGUUACUGGACUAGCAGAUCCCUAUGUAAAGAUGUACCUACUGUACAACAACCAGAGGAUAGCUAAGAAGAAGACACACGUGAAGAAAAGGACCCUCAACCCAGUAUUCAACGAAUCAUUUGUAUUUGACAUUCCAGCAGGAGCAGAAGGGUUGGAUAACAUUAGCUUAGAAUUCUUGUUACUUGAUUGGGAUAGAGUAACAAAGAAUGAGGUAAUAGGUCGCCUGGAACUUGGAGCAGCAAAAAGCACUGGUUCCGCACUCCACCACUGGAAUGAGGUCUGCAACUCACCACGCAGGCAGAUUGCAGAGUGGCACAAACUCCGAGAGUAAUAAAUGAACACCCAGAGUCAUUUUCGUUACAAGUGUGAUUUGAUAUAACUGGGUGUUAGAAAUUCCAUGCAAACCCCCACUUAUUGUCUCUAUUAUAAUCACAUCAUGACCAACCUCAUAGUAAUUCACUUUAACCUAUGUUUUGGAAGUCAGCUGUUGGUGUUGUAUUAUAUGUAUAUGAAACAGAAUUUCUGUAAUUAACAGUUAAAAGUAUAUCAAAUUACAAUUUCCUAUGAAAAAGCGAUGUUUGUUAUGUAGGCUUACAAGGUUUUUUCAAUGCUGCUUGAUAUCAGCUGUAACAAAAAAAUAAUGUAUAUUGAGUCUCAUUUCAAAACAACUCAUUUGUACUUGUGGGGAGAACAAAUCAAAGCAUGCCAGUAUGUCUUAGUUGAACUGAGAAGACCAUCUCUUGGUAAUCAUAACUCUGAAUAACAAAAAAUCUGUCUGCUACUUGUGUGCAUCUCAUAAUCCUUUGCAGAACACUAAAUGUUGCAUAACUUUGGUAAACACCAUAUCCUUGAACAACAGUGGCUGGAAAAACAGCUAUUCAAAUUGCUGUUCAAAAGUAAGUUGGAACAGUAAAGUGGUACACAGAUUUACAUCCAUAUCUUACAUACUCACAUGAUUUCAUUUACUAACAACAUAAACAUGAGCCAAUUUCAUGGUCCUACUCAAUCUCAGCUAGUCUGUCAUAGGUGUUUGGUUGUUUUGCUCUGUUAAUGUUUGCAGUAUUCCAACUUCCCAAACCAAAAUGAAUAACAUUUUAUUUGGAGGCUUUAUGUAUCCAAGUGGAUGAAUCCUGAGGAAAAAAAUCAUAUUUCUGUAAUUACAGUAAUUAUUUUCAAGUUUCUUAUUUAAAAACAAUUAAUGAAACAGUUAUUAGAGACAUGGUUCUGGUGUAAAAUGUUAUAUUAAUUUUAUCAAAAUAUGGAAUCCUUUACCCUCAACAUAUUAUUAUACAUCGGAUCCUCAUACAGCUCCUACUUGAGAUAUUAACCCUGA